CUGUUAACAUUUUAUAAUUUAACUUAGCCCGCUCCUCCCCCCUGUGCAUUUGAAUGGUACAGUCCGGAUCUUGAACUGUUUUGCGGGAAGCUGUUUCCGUGUGAGGGAAACAGCAAAACGACCUGUAAUUAAAGGUACCAUUUUUAACGGUGAGAUGGAUUCUCCCAACCUGUCUGGUGUGGACAAGGAGAGCUUCUUGGAGGGCCUGCAGCGGCACGGUAGCAACCCUCUUCAUAGUACUGCCAUCGAGGAAGAUCUGAACGUUUUAGAGGAGGGACAGAUUAAUAAAAGACUGGGAGGAAGAGAGAAGAUUCCUAAAACAGCCCGGACUGAGAGAAAGCAGCGUGGAGCUGCUAUGAAGAGGAAGGAGAAAGAGGGAGAUGAAGAGGAAGAGACGGAGAGGAAGAGGAGCAGGAAAAGCAAUAAAGUGAAGGCCAAAUCCAGCUCAGACGUGGAUACACCUGCAGCACAAGAAGGCUCAGAGGAGGAGGAGAAACGGUCGGUGCGGAGCAGCGGUCAGCCUGCCCCGACAGGUAUUCGCCGUUUGGUUGGGAAGGAGCCCGCCAGGAAGAGUGCACAGCUGCUGUCUGCAACAAGACCGGUGAAAAGUCGGAAGCUGAAGGAGAAGAAGAGAGAAAGUCCAGACGUGAGCAGUGAAGCUCAGUCAGAGGAGGAAGGUGGCUCUGGUCGAGCCCAACGGCAGCGCCGGAGAGUCCUGUCCUCUGAUGAGGAGGUGGAUGAAGAAACCAGCUGGAAACCAGGUCCAAACAAGGCCAGAAUGCCAAGCUGGGGCAGAGCUAGAAAGUCCUCAUCUGAGCGGUCCAAAUCCAGAAAGUCUUCAGAAGAAGAGGUGGAAAAAGCCAGCAGCGAUAAGCGGAAGAGGAGGAGGCCUGCCGGUCGGAGAGUAACAGAUCUGGAGGUGGUGCUUGAUGCUUUCCUGGAGUUCUGUGACCAGUACAGGGAUUCUGUGGAGUCCACGUCAAUCCAACGGUCUAUCGAUAGUUUCUCCAACAACGUUGAAGAGCAACUCCUGGAGAAGAUCUCUUCUUGUAAGGAGCUCAAGGUCCUGAAACGAGAGAACCAAAAGGUGGGUUCCCUUAUCCACAAAAAAACACAGAGGCUUCUGGAUGCCAAGCAUGAGCUGAUGAGGGCAGAAAGGCAGGUGUGGCUGCUGCAGAAGGAGAAAGCUGAACUUCAGCAAAGAAUAGCUGAUCUGAGACAAGGCCGGGCCUUCCUCCAUGACAUCAGGGAGCUCAACAGACAAUAUCUGGACCACCGAUGCAGCAACCCCAUUGAGAAAGAAACGUAUGGAGCACCCAGCUUACCAGCUCUGCUGUUGGAGACGAAGCUUAUUCAGACGACGGAGCUUCAGCCGAGUGGGAUCAAUAACCAGCUGGGAAAGAGACAGAAGAAAAAUUGGACUCAGAAAUAAAAUGCUUUUACCCCAUUGUCCCAUCAAACACUCAUUUAUCAGAAACGUAAUCUUCUGAGUAAUGCUUAUGCUACUUUUUCUUGACAAAGAUAUGUUUAAUAAAUUCAUACAUGUU